AACCGUUCGUGCAGUCUCGUUCGAAUUGAGCCCAAGUUCGAGCGUUGACCAUCGUUCUUGAAGCUGUCGUUCAGAUAAUCAAAAGUUAUGUGGAUUUAUCAAAUGCUGUAGAAUUUGGAAUUUGGCUAUUUGCGAUGUAGAAAAAUGCAGUUUUGAAAGAUUUAUAUUCGGACGUGAAGAUUUCAACACUAUAUCGGAGAUGGAGUAUUUCAUGGAUGGUGUUGGAAAUGAACUUCUGGCGUUCCUCGUCGUAUACGUUUGCAUAUUCUUCGCAAUAUUGUUCACAAAUGGCUUCAGCUUUACUUCUCUGAGGAAUCUUAAAUACUUUUGGUCAUACUUGAAGAGUUUAUUCGGAAGAAGCCAUGUCACUAUAGAAGAGCAAGUUUCUGAUGAAACCGAAUCUGAUAAUGAGCAAAAUCAAGCUUUGGAUAUACGAGUUUUCAAUACUGGUUGCUGUGUUUGUUUGAAUGAUGACUGCGAAUUUCCGAUUACUUCGGUUUGUGGGCAUUGUUUUUGUGGAAUAUGCGCUAUGAACUUAAUCGAACAUAACUCAGUUCCAAUUAAAUGUCCAUUUUGUCGUCAAGAAUGUCGAGUACUAUUUUUACCUUCCAAUGAUUUUCGUCACAGCAACAGUGACCUACAUAGAUCAAUUCACAGAUCUGUAACAACUUACAAUUCAAGAGCGGGGAAUCGAAUUCCGUUCUUGAAUAGGUUACGUGACGUGCCAGUGAUCAUUCGUCAUUUGAUGGGAUCGUUUUCAGCAUUUCAUCGAGGAUUAGUUUUUCGAUUGAAAUGCCAUGUCGUAGCGGCCUUACUAUUCGCUCCUUUUUACGUUUUACUGUCUACCGAUAUAAUCCCCGAGAACGUGUUCGGUUUGAUCGGCUUUAUUGACGAUAUUAUUGUUUUAACAUUCCUUGUAAUUAUAAUCGCCCGAACGUAUACAAAUAUUGAUUCGUCGAUGACAUUCGACGAUAUACGAGCUGCUGCUUUUGAAUAAAUUCAUUUCUUUUUUUUUUUAAUAACUGUGUUCCCAUUUAAAGUGUGUAAUUUUAGUUUAAUUUUUACGCUUGCUUUUUAUUACUUGAACAUUUUUUUUAAAUUGCUAAAAAUGUGUUAGCUUUCAUUUUUUUUCCUCGUUUAGUUUGUCAUGAACUGUAUCAGCAAAUCGUAUUUGUGAUCGUUUUUACUUCGUAUUUAAGCAAUCAAAUAGAAUAGGUAGGAUUAGAUUGUUUGUAUUGUAACACUAAAGAAAAGUAUAUAAAUUUAAUCGAGUCUAAAAUCGAAUAUAAGACUGAAAUAGAUCGGGUUUACCUCUACUGUUCAUGCUCGAAAGUUUGUAAUGAUAUUGAAUCUCGUUUUGAGGAGAUAAUUUUUUUUAAACAUUUGUUUAGUUCCUUGAUAUAUUUUUCACUAACCAAUUAGAUUUCAAUCAUGAGAAAAAGUAUCGUUUUGUUAAAUUUAUUAAUAGUCGACGGAAGUAAUUUUAUCCUAUUGAUGAGCUAUUAUAUUUUGUAUGUUGCUAAACAAAAUGAGCUUUUUUUAUACUAAUUAAUUUUUUAUGCUUGUUUUGUUCCUUGAGCAAAUGCACCAGUAUCUACGUAAAUUUGCGCUUUGCCAGGCUCAUCUGAUAUAUUGACACCAUUUGACACUAUGGAUCAUUUACGUUCUUCAAAUAUUUCUAUAAUGUCCCCGGAAUACUUUAUUUCUACCUACAUACACCAAAGGAAAAUCGUACGUAUGCAAAUUUAUCGAAAUCUUAGCAAUAGAAGGUUUCAUUGGUCGUUAUUCUCAAGUUACGAGUAUAAAAAUAACAAAACAGAUUUUUAUGAUCGAUAUAAAUGUAUUUGUAGGUAGCAAAAUUUCGUUUCGUAGAAUUAGUAGGUUUUCUCAACUCGAAUACACAAAUGUGUAUAUUUUCCUUAGUGCCAUUAUACUUUUCUUUUACAAAGCUUUUUCAAGCUUUUCUUUGCAUUUUCAAGACAUGGUCGCUUUUUUUUGUAUUAUGAUUUUUUUACGUUUAAUUUUUGCACAAAUGAUAAUUUGUACCUAUAACACUUUGAUUCGAAUGCUAGUUCUUUAUCAAAAGCGUUCGUAUUUUGCACUUUUUUCUUCGGAGAAAUUGGUAUUUUUAUUUUGUAAUAGUUACCAAAUUUAACAUUACUUUCAAUUCAAUUUUCAUUCGACUUAACAUUAUUAGUAAAUAAUACCUACUUUAUUAAGAUGAAAUAACUACCAUAGUUAUUUUUUUUAAAGAGUUCUUUCAUUUUAGGUUAAUGUUAAUCGAUUUGUAAAAGUUUUCAAUCUCAAGAUGUAUUUUUGUUGUAUCUAAUUUAAUGUACUUUUGUAAGUUGUAUGUUUGAAAGUAAAUAGUUUGUUUAUUCGAAUAAUAAACAUUUUGAAAUAAUUA